AUGGCUACACACUAUAUUGAAACUGAACAAGGUGGCAAUCAAUAUUAUUUUGAUGGUAAGAGUAAUGCUACUUCACAAGCACAAAGAUCAACACAAGAUUCAUCGUAUGCUGUACCUGUAGCAGUUAUUACAACAGUUGGUUCAAAUGAAAAUAUAUCGCAUCCUGUCGGUGUUUCAGGCUUACGUUCACAACAUCAACAAAUUCGUUCAGACCAUAAUGUACAUGUUGAAGGCGAUUCAUAUCAAUUACCACAACAACAUCAAUCUGUAGCCGGCUUUAAUAAAAGUGUAUCUCAACAACAAUAUCAAACUGCUCCACCAUCUGCACAUCAAGUCAAAGCUACUGUACGAACAGUAAAUACUCAAGAACAACAACAUCAUGGAUCAUCCGUUCAACAUCAACAACAACAACAACAACAGGCUUAUGGAAAUUACGGACAACAAACUUCGCCACAAUCAUCACAAGUGUCAUCUCAACAUCAGCAAUAUCCAUAUGAAUCGCGUCAACAAGUCGGACAGCCAACAAGUGUUUCAGGUUAUUAUCAAGCACCAAGUUCUGCUCAACAUACACAUCAAGAAGUAGAUCAUCGAACAGAAAGUCCAUCUCGAGGUCGUGAUCAACAUGCACAGGCUCAACCAGUACCAGUUCGAACAAUAACUAGUAAUCCACAUCAACAAUAUGAGAAUGGUAUUAGUUAUCCACAACAAUCACAACAAUCACAACAACAUUCAACCUCUCAAUCUUCGAAACAAUCACAACAACAGCAAGAAGAUCAACUUCAACAAUAUUAUAGUCAAUUGACUCCCGAACAAUAUCAACAAUUGUUACGUCAACAACAAAUUCAAAGACAACAACAAGAAGAACAAAAACGGCAACAACUUGCUCAACAACAAUAUUUUAUAGAACAAGAACGACAACGUACUGAACAACAACAACAACAACAAUAUCAGUCAAGUCGUUCAAAUCAAGAACAACAACAUCGACAACAAGGUCAAGACCAACAUGAUGUAUAUCAUUAUCGACCUCAACAAGUUCAAACGACUGUUUCAUCUAAUGUCAGUCAGGAAUCUUAUCGACAACAACAGCAACAACAACAACAACAACAUCAUGGUCAACAAGGUCAAUCAGAUGCUUAUUAUGAGCAGCAACGUCGAGCUACUGCUCAACAAUCACCAUCAUCAUCUACUUAUCAACAAGAACAAUAUCGUUCGACAGUUGGUGUUAGUGGAGGACAACAACAAUAUCAACAAGUAUCUCCAAGUCAACAACAACAUGUUCGAACAGAUUCGGAACGACAACGUCAAGACGAGCAAGAGUAUUAUGCAGCUCAAUUGGCUCGUCAACAACAACAAGAACGUGAACAUGUUGCUCAGUUAGAAGCAGCUCAACGUGCUCAACAACAAGAAAGAGAAUAUGCUGCUCAAAUUGAAGCUUCUCAACGUCAACAAGUUACUUCAAGAAUUCAACAACAGCAAUAUCAAGAACAACAACAACAUCAGCAACAAAUUAUACAAGGUCAACAAACUGCACAACCAGUUGGAAUUCGAGGUCUUAUGAGUAAAUUUACUGGUCCAACAACAAUCCCAACAUAUGAACCAAAACCUAAAAGUAGCACAACACAACAUUAUUCAACUUCGAGUUAUACAUCAUCAAGUGGACCAGGUCAAAAAACAACAACAACAACGACUCAUUCUUCAAAAACACAUUCAAUGACAUAUUCAGCAUUACCAAAAGCUAAUGAACCACCUGUAAAUAGUGCUGAAUAUUAUCAAAUGUUACAACAAGGAAAUCUUAGUAAUACAUCAUCAAAUGUUCAACAUUCGGCUGCUCCACUACAUAUUCAAGGUCCUCCACCUGGUUUUGAUGCAUUACGUAAUCGUUUUAAAAGUGGAUCUGUUUCUGAAAGUAUCAAUCCAAUACAAGACAUACGUCAACAACACCAAUCAAAUACAGGUAAUAGUAGUCUAUUGUCAUUACGUGAUCAAUAUAUGAAUCGAGCAAAAGAAUCAGCACAAACUCAAGAAGAAUCAUUCUCACAGAGAAUUCAAACUGUAUCUCGAUCAACUGUUAUGACAGGUCAAUCUUCACAAAAUCAAAAACAAACAUCAAGUGUAUUACAAGUUUCUCAACAAGAUGAACCACAAUUACAAAGUCAAAGUAUUAGUGAUCAAGGUGUUUCAUCUGAAGGUGCUGUUGCUGAAGGUGGUUCAUCAUCAGGUGCAUCACCUUUUGAAAAUGAUGCUAAUUUAACAACAACUAUGACUACAUCAGCACACUAA